AGCGAACCAUGACCAUCUCUCUCUGUGAUAUAUAUAUAUAUGUCGACGAUGCCAUCAGAGCAGUACCUGUGGAUCAACAGCAAGAAAACAAGACAACUCGUUACCGAAGCUGAGCAAGAUCGUGUUUCUCUUCCCUCUGUGUGUGUGUGAUCGAUUGAUUGAUUCCAUGGCGAUCGCGAGGUCGCCGUUUGCUCCAAUGGAGGAGAAGGCGCAGCAACUGGAUCAGCAGGGUGCGGGUGGCGUGUACCUGAUUCACAGCCAGGUGAUGAGGAUCAAGAAGGAGGAGGAGGAGGCCAGGGAGCUUCUCCUCGAGCUGCAGCUGCUGGAGACGCGGCCGGCCGGCGGCCGCUGCCCGGCGACGACGCUGCGGGCCUCCCGGUCGCUCUCCCCGCUCCGCCGCGCCGGCGGCAUCAUCCCCGUCGGGGAGUGAUCGAUCGAGCAUCAUGCGUGGAUGUGAUGUUCUUCUUUUUUGGGGAUACUUAUAGUAGAUCGAGCUUAGUCUGAGUGAGUGAGUCCCUGAUGCCUGUCCAUGGUCUGUACUGUCGCCAUGGAUCAGAGCUUUAGAUGUUGGUUGUAGCACACCAGAUGUACAUGUUUUCCCCUUCCCUCUUGUUGUGUUGUAAAAAUAUCAGUGAUCGACUUUACCUUUGCCUAUCUUAGCAGCAUCCGUACGUCAUGUUUUUCGUGCCGUGAUUCU